AUGCUGCUUCGUCACCAUCAUGGUCGUGUUCUCAGCAACCCCCCUGGAGAUCCCCAGCCUCCCCCGGAUGGCAAAUCCUGCCCUGGAGCGCCUUCAGUUCCUCGGAUCAUACCCAACCACCGGGGGAUGAUCAACCGCGAGAAUGAUUGCUUCUUGCUUUCGGCGAUUCAGAUGAUCAGGGCAUUGCCAAUAUGCCAUGCCGCAAUUCUCAACUUUCCAGACGCGACCGAACUUGCACCUCCGAGGGGAAAGGAGCUGACCUGGGCGGUCUCGAGGACGAUGCGGGCCCUGCAAGAGUCCGGGGGCACCGCUAGCCCGCUGAACCCGACGGAGCUCAUUGGGACCUUCUUCAACGUCUUCAGCGGGAACAUGGUCCAAGAUGGAGAACAGGACGACCUUGCCAACACGAUUGGCACCAUCCUCGACAAGGUCCACAGCGAGACAGUGGACGCGGAGUCACAAUCUUCGCUGGUGGAUUCCGCGAGAGGACAGAUGGAAACGCGGACCUUCUGCCAAAUGUGCCACGCGGAGAAGAACAAGAGGACGCCAAGGACGUCCUUCUCGAAGAACGAGGUCAUGCUGUCAAAAGAAAAGUGGUCUGUGAUUCCGCCUGAGCUCAUCGUCAGCGUGGGGCGCUUUCAGCGCACGUUGUGUGGCGGCUACAUUAAGGCGAAGGACAAGGUCGCCGUCGACCUACUCCUGGACAAGACAGUCAGUUUCGGAGAUACCACAUUCUCCGCGUCGAGAUAG